AUGAGUUAUUUGUCUCAAUCCAGCCGAUUAACUUUCUUGUUAAUUUAGCUGAAAAACUAAGCCCUAAUAACAUCAGACUAAUAUUCUCGACUUUGUGAUCAUGCUGCUAAGGAUGAUCCAAAAUUAAAGCAACUACUUAUAUCCUAUGAGAAUGGUUUAUCAUAAAGAGAAUUUAUAGAUCAAAUAUCAAAAAUGUUAGAUACUCAAAAUGUUAAUGAAAACAUCAUAAAAUCUUAUUUGUAAGUUAUCUAAUCAUUAUUAUUAGUGAUUCUAUUGACUAUAUAUGUAAAUCAUUCAAGAAUAAAAUUAAGGAGUUUUAUCGUGAUAUUAAGGUAAAAUGAAUCUUAAUUUCAUCUUAGCAAGAUAUCAAUCAAAUCUAUAAGGAAUGUUAUAUUGCAUAACAUCACAAACAGGAAGUAAAGGAUCUAAUUAGAUUAAUUCUUAAGCAAUUUUAUAUUAAUGAAUUUACAUUACUAUAAUUUACAUAAGAUGAUCAAUGUCAAAUACUUACAAAUAAUUUUGAAUCAAUUACAAUUAAAGAUGCUUAAAAUAUACGAUAAUUUACAAAAUAACAAUUAUCUAAUUAAUUAUUCGAGACUUCAGCAGAAUAUGUUACUUUAUUAAAAAUAGAAAAAUUACCACAAUUUUAUGUAAUAUCAAAUAAUGAUGUAAUUUUUUUUACUUUCACUGAAAAAAUCAAUAGUUCAUUUAAAUAGUAUUUCAUAAUUACUUUUCUAUACAAUCAUAUUAUUUCAAUUAUCAUAAAAGGAAAUUAAAUUGUAGGAUUAAAAAAAUAAUAGACUAUUAGAAUGGAAAUUUUAUAAUUAGUCUCAAAGACUAUAAACAUUUUAAUUUACAAACUGCUCUUUAAAAUUUUAAUUUAGAUAAUGAAAUAAUUUAAUUUGUAAAUUUUGAUGAGUUAGAUAGAUUAUUAAGAUUAAUAAUUGUAAUAAAAAGUUAAAAAUUAUUUAUUAUUAAAUUUUAAAAGGGAAUGGGAUUGUGUUUAUAUAGAUAUGGAAGGCAACCUUUCAAUAUAAUUGAAAGAAAAAAUAAAAAGUACUUUUAAGAAAAGUAUAAAAAAAUAUAAUAAAAAAUUGAAGUAGAAAAAGAAUUUAUUAGAAUCUUUCUAAUAAGUCACUUAACAUAAUGAAAUGAUUAUGUGUUUAUUCUUUAACAGUUAUUUAUAAUUAUAUUAUAUGACUGUAUAAUGGAAUCAUGAUUAAUUUGUGUAUAAAAAAUACAUAUAUAUAUAGAUCUCGAUUCAAAUUAUCUAAAGAAAUCAAUUUUGAAGAUCCUAUAUAUAAAAUAUUUGAGAAAAAUCCUAUUGUAAUAUAAAAGGUUAAAGAAUUAAUUGAAUCUAAAAAUGAUCAUUUAGAAUUUAAUGAUGGAUUUUAUAAAUUUUCUUUGAAAGUUGAAAGAGGAAUGAAAAAAGAAAUUAAAUAAAUAUCUCUUUAUUUAUUUUAUAUGUAAUUGAAAAGGUAUUUAUUAUAUUUUUGAUUUAUAAUAAGACCGCUCUGUGAAUUAUUACAAAUUUUUCGAAACAAAGUUAAAGUUUUAUUAACAAUAUAGAGAGCAACAUUGGCAUUUAAAUCUAAAAAACUUAUGAUGGGCAAUCAAUUCUAUAGAUAAUCAGCAUUGAUGAUGUAUUUACCAGAUCAAGAUAUGAGAAGAUUAAAUUUGAUCUACAAUUAAGCUCAUGAUUAAGCAUUAUAAAAAUAUCUAGAUAAUACUAUGAAGAAAAAAUCAAAAAAAUUAGAAUAAUUCUUAGCUAAAUAUGAGGAAGAUGAUAAAAAUAAUCCAGAUGGAAGAAAAAUAGCAAUAGAUCCUAAUUUAUAAGAAAGAUUAUUAGAUUAUGAAUUCAAUCUAUUGAAUAAGAAAUUAUAUAAGAAUAAAUUUAUUAUAGUGUAUAAUAUCUUUGAUAUGCUUGAAUACACUAAAUAAUUUACAUUAAAAAAUAAUGAACUCAUUAAUUUUUUAACUGCUUUAAAAUACAAAUAUAAUAAAACAGCAAAUCCAUUUCAUAAUUUUACACAUGGAGUUAAUGUAAUGCAUGGAUGUUUUCUUUUUGCUCAUCAUCCAAAAUUUGGAUUUUGUUUUAAUGAUUAAUAAAGAUUUGCUAUGACUUUAGCAGGUUUAUGUCAUGAUGUAGGGCAUCCUGGGACAAAUAAUUUAUUUUAAAUUAAUGCUUAGACUAAAUUGGCUUUAUUAUAUAAUGAUAAAUCUGUAUUAGAAAAUCAUCAUAUAGCAGUCACUUAUAAAUUAUUGGCUUUAAAAUAAUGUGAUUUUUUGGGAUCUAUUCCUAGAGUAGAUAAAAUAAUGAUUAGAAAAUAUAUUGUGAAUAAUGUAUUAGCUACUGAUAAUUAAUAUCAUUUUAAAUUACUUAAUGAUAUUGAAAUCAAAUUUGGUCAAUCUUAAGGGGAUCCAAAAAUCUUUUGUAUAUUAUGAAGUUAUAUAAUAAUUAGAAUCUGAUGAUAAUAAGCUUUUAUUAAGUGGUUUCUUGACUCAUGCGGCUGACUUUUUUGGAGCAGCAAAGUCUUACCAAGUAGCUAAGGCAUGGAGCGAAAGAUUAAGGAGAGAAUUUUAAGCUUAAGUAAAUUACUGAUAAUAUAAUUUUUAAAGUCUUAAUUAGAAGAUAUAGUUGGUAUCGCUUAGACUCCAUAUCUCAGAAAUUUAGAUAAUGAAGUUUAAUAUGCUAAAAAUGAGAUUGGAUUCUUGAAGGUAAUUGUGAAACCAAUUUAUGAAUCUUUGAAUCAGUUCUCUGAUGGUGCAAUGUCAUUAUAAUUAGCAAAUAUUAAUCUAAGUAUAAAAAAAUAUUAAGAAAUCGUUGACUAACAUUAAUAAUGA